GAGUCCUCAGCAGUGCAGUAACCACUAGCUACCUACAAACGCACAUUCAGGCAAGAGCCGAUACAAGGGAGUUAUGCGUUGAAGAAACCUCUCAACGAACCGGCUCUCCGGUGUAAAAUAUCGGGUUCAAUUAACAACAUUUGAAGGAUUGUGAAGAUGGCGACUGGAGCGGGUUGGCAGCAAUACUACAGCCCUGCUGCUGGCAAUCCAUCGACCGGAGCAGGGAAAUAUAAUUCUGGCUCAUCAUCGACAAUGUCUUACCAGUCUGGCAUCGCCAUGGAAUAUACCCAAGAUCUGCACCUGAAAAUGAGCAAGAAAAUUGCCCAGCUGACAAAGGUGAUCUACGCCCUGAACACCAAGAACGACGAGCAUGAGGCGGCCAUCCAGACGCUGAAGGAGGCCCAUGAGGAGGAGGUGCAGCAGAUCCUGUCUGAGACACGGGAGAAGAUCAUGCAGUACAAGAGCAAGAUCAGCGAUGAGAUGGACCUGAAGCGACGCAUCCAGUCCCUGGAGGAGUCCAUGGAGCUGCACGAGCGCAUGAAGCGCCAGGCCCUCGCCGAGUUCGAGACCUACCGGCAGCGCGUGGAGGACAUGCAGCUGUGCACGGAGGCCCAGCACACGCAGCGUGUGGUCACCAUGUCUCGCGAGGUGGAGGAGAUGCGCCACUCGUUCGAGGAGAAGCUGCGCUCGUUCAGCACGGCGCAGGCCCAGUUCGAGCAGGAGAAGAAACUGGCGCUGGAGGAGCUAAAGGCCAACCACCGGCAGGAGGUGUCAGAGUUGCUCCGCAGCCACCAAAGCCAGAACCAAAACUACAGUAAGGACCAGGAGAAACUGGGCCAGCUACACAAGGCUGAGGUGGAGUCUCUGACAGAGCGGGUGGAGGAGCUGAAGGGGGAUAAGAAGAGACUGGUUGAGGAGUACGAGGCUAAGCUUAACAAGGCCCAGGCGUUCUAUGAGCGUGAGCUGGAGGCCAUGAAGCGCACGCAGCAGCUCACGGCGGACAACCUGCAGGCCUGGAAGAAGACUGAGGCCGAGCUGAGGAGGGAGUUCCAAAUGCAGGAGGCAGCGCUGCAGAAGACCCUGGGGAAGCUACGCUCGGAGCUGCAGAGGGUUCAGGAGGAGGCCAGGGAUCACAGGGAAAAGUCCCAGAAGUUACAGGCCUCGCUCAGCACCGCCGAGAGCAACAUCAAGGAGUUGUGCAAGCAACUGGACGAGGUGAAGCAGGACGCCGAGAUCGUGGAGAUCCGGCAGAAGGAGGCGGAGUGUGAGCUGGAGGCCACUAGAGAUCGCGUGCAGCAGCAGGCCACAGAGAUCCUUCUCAAAGCCAGUCACAUUGGCAGCCUACAGGCCACUCAGAUGACCCACGAGGCAGCCAUACGGGACCUGGAGUCGGAGAAGUCUCGUCUGAAAGACAAAGUGGUACGUCUGGAGGAGGAACGAGGCGCCCUGCAGAACAAGACCCAAGCCCUGGAUGACCGGCAGAGGCAACAGAUCCUCUCCCUGGAGAAGACUCUACGGGAUGAGAAGCAGAUGUACGAGAAGGAAAUGAUGAACAUGCAGGCCAAAUAUGAGGAUGACGCUGCCCACUUCAAAGAGUCACAGACCAGGGCCCUGGAGGAGCUGUCGAAAAAACACCGGCAGACCCUGGAGAACACACAGACCACCGCUGAGAAGGAGAAGAACCGGCUACUGGCCGAAAUGGAGCAGCAGUUUGAGAGAGAGAGGCUGUCCUUGGAGGAGCAGAAGAAACAUCUUAGACAACAAUUGGACUGCCUGAGGGAGGAGCUCACUGCCAAACUCGAGGAAGCCAAUCAGGAGGUGUUGCGCCUGCAGGCUCUGGUAAAGGAGGGCGAGCAGGGUAUUGGUGCUGCCGAGGGACACAUCUCCAACCUGAAGGAGGCCCAGGACAAACUCCUGGAGGAGCUGGACGCUACCAGGGCCAGGCUGAGAGAGACCAGCAACCUGUUGACCGCACUGCAGGGAGAAAUGGAGGCCCAGAAGAAGCAGCAUGAUGCUAAACUCAUCACAACUAAAGAGGAGGAGAAGCUCAAGAUGGAUAAAAUGGCGCUGGAGCUGGAGCUCAAGUGGACCGAGACGUUAAGGCAGGAAUGUAAGAAGCUACGCGAGGAGCUGAGAGAGGAACACGAGGACGACAAGCGCUCCGCCCUCGCCCAGCUGGCCCAGAACAAGGAGCAGGAGCUGGGCUGCGCCCGGGAGAGCUGGCAGAGGAAGGUGGAGGACCUCCUGGAGCAGAUCUCAUUGCUGAAGCAGAGCCUGGAGAUGCAGCUGUCCCAGUCCCAGAGCUCCCUGCAGCAGCUCCAGGCCCAGUUCAGCCAGGAGAGAGAGCACCUGAGCCAGCAGCUGCAGGAGCUCCAGCUGGAGCACCAGCGCAGGGAGCACCGUCUGCAGGAGGCCCACUGCAGCGCAAUGCAGGACCUGGAGGAGACCCGCCAGCACGACCUGAAGGAACUGGAGGAGCGCCUGCGGCAUCAGCACCACAUGGAGCUCCAGUCUCUGAGGGAGGCCCACAGACACAGCAUAGAGACCCUUAAACAGCAGUCGGAGCAGGAACUGCAGACCCUCCGCUUCGAGCUGGAGGAUGAGGGCAAGGCUAUGCUAGCCUCUCUGCGGUCUGAGCUCAACCACCUCCAUGCCUCAGCCAUUGAACAUCUACGGCAGACCCACCAACAGGAGACGGUUGCGGCCAAACGUGAGCUCGAGAACGCCCUGGAGAAAAGCCGGAAACAGGAGAGGGAGUUACUAGGCCGUAUCUCGGACCUGCAGGAGGAGGUGGUGAGGAGGAAGAACCACAUUGCUGAGCUGGACCACGAGAUCCACACCCUGAACGAGAACAUCAGCACACUCACCAAGGAGCUGGAGCUCAAGGGAAAGGAGGUUUUGAAGAUACGUAGUGAGGCCAACCAGCAGAUCAGGGCUCACGAACAGGACCUGACGAAAAAACACGAGCGAGAGAUGGCUGAGAUGAAUGCCAUGCACGCCAGAGAGACUCAGAACAUGCUGUCGGACUUCAACAAGGCCCAGGAGCUCCUCAAAGACAAGAUCUCUGCCCUGCAAAUCCUGCUGGAGGGCACGGAGGAUAAAUUUCGGAAUAGGGAAAGCCGACCUGAGGACCUGCAGGUCAUCGCCGAGCUGAAGGAAAUGGUGACCGAGAGAGAGUCCCUUGUCAAGAAGCUGGUGGUAAGUGACGACAAAAAGUUCUACCAGCUGGAGCUGGUCAACAGGGAGACGAACUUCAACAAAGUGUUCAACACCAGUCCCAACGUGGGCGUAAUAAAUCCCCUCAUCAAGCAAAAGAGAAAGAAUGACAAAUCAGCAAACAGAUUCAGCAGCUCUCCGAACCUCAGGGCUCUGGAGGCGGCGGGCACGGGAACGGGGAGCGGGCAGCCCCAGCCCAACCGCCUAGAGCCCAUCCCCAACUCCCCCAUUCACCACCUUGAGCUCAACACUAGCAAACCUCUGCCCCCACCGACCCCUCCGACUGAGCCCAAGAAAUUUACGAGCUGUAGCCGUGUGCGCAUAUGACCAUCCCUUGUCGUCGUGUUACUUUGUGCACGCGGCGCCCUGGCCUGUUACGCUUCGGUCUCUGCCCGUGGCCUGUCAUCCAUUUGUUAUCUGUGUGGCGCUUCACUUGGGGUGUUUCUCUCGCUGCAUGCUGCUCUGAAUGUGAAUAAG